AUGUCACUCUUUCCAAUUCGUCGUUAUCGUCUUUUCGACGAUCCAUUUGAUCGAUUCUUUGGUGAUCAAUUAGAUUUCUUCGAUCCAUGGUAUGAUUUUGAUACAUUUCCGUCGGCGCUUUCUAUUCGACCAAAUACUUUUCGAUGGAUCAAUGAACCAUAUCGAUUAACACAUUCCUCAACAACACCAACAUCACGAUCACCAACUGCUGAAAAAUUUCGUGUUCAACUCAAUGUAGCAGGUUUCAAUCCAGAUACAAUUAAAACAAAAGUUGAAGAUCGAAAAGUAAUUGUCGAAGCUAAACAAGAAGAUCGUCAACCUGAUGGUGAUUAUAAUAUUCGAGAACUACGAAAAACCUAUGAAUUACCUGAACAUGCUGAUUCACAACGUUUAACUUCAUAUGUAACUCCAAAUAAUAUGCUUGUCAUUGAAGUACCUAUUCGUAAUCUUGAGGUCGAUGUUCCUGUUCGAACUGCUCAUAGAGCAGUUUUCACUCAUGCAGGUCAAAUAUGUUUUGCUGCAUCAAGAAUAUUUGUUCAUUCCACACUUCACGAUGCCUUUGUAUCUAAAAGUGUCGAAUUAGCAAAGAAACGUAUUGUUGGUGAUCCAUUUGAUUCUACAACUGAACAAGGACCAUAA